AUAUUGCUGAAAAUAUCAAGAGAUAAACAGAGACUCACAUCAGAUCAUAUGAGGUCUCACUCUCUGAUUGUUUAACUCACAGCAACAAUGACACAGUGGAUGAUUAUUGCUCUUUUCUUCACUGCUCAUCAUUCUGGAUGUAACUCUCAGGACAGUGUUGACCAGAAAUCAAGAUUUCAAACAGCUCUUAAAGGAGCAGCUGUAACAAUCUCUUGUACAUAUAAAAGCACUGAUCCGUCUCCAACUCUCUUCUGGUACCAACAAAAAGUCAAUGGAUUCCCAAAGUACAUGCUGAGCAAAUUUAGUAAUGAUGACAAAGAGUUCAAGGAGAGAUUUAAUGCAAGUAUUGACACAUCUUCAAAAUCAUUUCCAUUGAUAAUUCAGGAUCUUCAUGUGUCUGACUCUGCUGUGUAUUACUGUGCUCUGCGGCCCACAGAUCUGAAGUGGGAGUCCAACACCAACGCCAUCCUUAAAAAGGUUCAGCAAAGGAUGUACUUUCUACAACUGCGGAAGUAUGGCCUACCACAAGAACUGCUGGCCAUCUUCUACACUGCUGCAGUUGAAUCCAUCCUCUGCACAUCCAUCACCGUUUGGUUUGGGGCAGCCACAAAACAGGACAAACACAGAUUACAACGCGUAAUUAGGACAGCUGAAAAAAUCAUUGGUGUCUCCCUGCCCUCACUAGAGGACUUGUACACUUGUUGGACCAGGAAGCGGGCAGAGAACGUCAUCAAAGACUGCACAAACCCAGCAUACACCCUCUUUAACCUCCUCCUUUCUGGAUCUUUUGGUGAAGACGCUGUCAAUCAACCAAAGGAGGACAGAACUGCCAUUGAAGGAGAGCAGAUUACUCUGAACUGUGAAUAUGAAACACUUCAAACUGCUCCAUAUCUUUACUGGUACAUUCAACGCUCAAACAACCUCCCUGAAUAUAUACUGAUGAGAUACAAGUUUGGAUCAAGCAACAGCUCUGAUUUUAAAGACAGAUUUGAUGCCAGAUUGGACACAAAAUCAGUUCCUCUGAUAAUUCAGGAUCUUCAUGUGUCUGACUCUGCUGUGUAUUACUGUGCUCUGCAGCCCACUGUGACUAAAACACAUUCAACACUCAUACAAUAACUCUGUGAUCAAACAAUCAAAUGCAUCUUCAUCACAACACGACUGCAGAUACAAAAUGCCAAAGAGAUUUUAC